AUGGUUACGAACCAAGGAUUAUCUGUCUCUAUAGAAGACGAUAAAGAUUCAAUAUCAUCGAUUUAUGAAUUUCAAUCAUUUAAUUCUAUUUGGGAUGCAUUACAAUGGAAAUAUGUACGAGUUCGAAUACCAAUCUGUUGGAAAAAAUUAUUACAUAGUCGAUAUAUGCUUGCAAAUUUAGUCUAUUUAAUUUAUUCUAUAGUAAUUUUAAUUAUUAAUUUUCAUCCUAGUUUUAAUCAAAAAUCAAAUGAUUUAACUUUUUUUCGAUCGAAAACUCUUGAUCAACCUGUUAAUAUUAAUCCAGAUAUCAAUCGAUAUUAUAUUAUACUUGCAAUUUUACAUUUAAUAUCAGCUUUUCUCUAUUGGUGGGCAUGGCGUGAUCGAUCAUGGCUUGAUAUUGUAAUGAUACCUGAAUAUUUAAAUCAUAUUGAAGCUGGACUUUAUCUUUGGUCAGCUUUUUGGUAUUCAAAACAAGAUACUCUUGGUGGUUAUUAUACUUUAGCUGUACAUAAAAUCGAAAUGUCAGCAACUAUUAUUGAAUUAUUUGCUUCAUUUGGAUGGAUUAUGUCUUGGUAUUUGACUUAUACUCGUACAUUAGGUCGAGGUUUUACAUUUGAUGAUCCAGAUACUGUUGCAUAUUUAACUACAACGAUAAGUUCAUUUAUUUAUGUUGUGUACAAUAUACAAAUUAAUAUAUAUCCUGAACAAUAUGGAACAAAUAUAUUGUAUAAAUAUGGUGAUAUACUUUAUUUUAUUGGUGCUUGGUAUUAUAUAUUUGCUGGAUUACGUGAUGAAAAUUGUUUUUGGUUUUUACCAUUAGCUGGACAAUAUGGUGUAGCUGCAAGAAAUGUUCGAAUAGAAACAAAAGAAUUACCACAAUAUGGAAAACCAUCUAUUUUAAUAACGGAUUUAUGUAAACAACGACAACAUGAACAGUUUAAUAAUAACAAUGAAUUGAAUAUGGUUAAUCAUACAGCUACAUCUUCUAUUUGA